ACGUUGAUCGCUCCCCAGGCCUUUUUCAAUUUGGGCCAUUUGGUAGGUUGGUUGGUUCGAAUAUCAUUCUGCACCUUCUCCAUCGCCUUUGGCAUCUUACUAAAGCUUCGUCUCAAACCUCCUAUCUUCUUGAAUGCCGCGGGUAGGGAAUUUCCGAAAUAGCUUGGCGUGCUGAACAUCUGAUUCGCCAAUUCCUGUGUCGACGAGACCUCAAAUGCCUGGUAAAGGCCGUUUAUAUCUGUCGUGCUUGGAGUCCAUCAGAAAUAGGAUCAUUGUCUUGCAAUCGUUGAAGAAAGCUCGUGACGCAUUGGGAGUGCUAUGGCUUUGUCUCUCACCCCCUUCCACAGCUUUAUGUCAUAGUCCGUUCCAUCUUUUGUUCACUCAACACCAUACAAUGCUGGUUAACGAGGUCCUAUCCGGAUCUGCUCUUGUCAGCUGCGGAUGAUAUCCUAGGGGCUGUUGCAGAACAUACAUAACAGACCAGGCAAGUGUGUCUAGCACGUCAUUGUCAAUUGGAGCAUCGUGUAAUUGCUUGGCCCAGUUGUGCUCGGGGUCGUCAAUAUAAUCCUGGAAGUUGGGCAAUUUUGCUGUAGCGUGCUUGAUGAAAGAUGGAGCAUGCGCAAUGGAUACCAACUCAUUGAAGUCGUCGCUUCGAGCCAGACACUUUGUAUCCUAGAUCCAACUUUGCCAGAGCCUGUAUAACUUUCGUGACAAGGUCGUCCAUCUUUUUCCGCUUUAGUUUACUUCGAUC